UUCUUCCAAUUUCAAUUUCCCCCAGAACUAAACGAAAACCCUGAGUCGGCGCUGAGAGAGAGAUUAUCGAAGGAUGGGUCCGAACCUAGAAUGUCGUAUGUACGAGGCGAGGUACCCGGAGGUGGACAUGGCGGUGAUGAUACAGGUGAAGAACAUCGCGGACAUGGGUGCCUACGUGUCACUUCUGGAGUACAACAACAUCGAGGGUAUGAUCUUGUUCUCGGAGCUCUCCCGCCGUCGGAUUCGGAGCGUCAGCAGCCUCAUCAAGGUGGGGCGCAUCGAGCCCGUCAUGGUCCUCCGUGUCGACAAGGAAAAAGGUUACAUCGAUCUCAGCAAGCGUAGGGUCUCCGAAGAGGACAUUCAGGCCUGCGAGGAGAGGUACAACAAGAGCAAGCUUGUCCACUCCAUCAUGCGCCACGUUGCUGAAACCCUCAACAUCGAUUUGGAGGAGCUCUAUGUUCAUAUUGGAUGGCCUUUAUAUCGCAAAUAUGGUCAUGCUUUUGAGGCUUUCAAAAUAAUUGUCACCGAUCCUGAUUCUGUUUUGAAUACGCUCACUCGUGAGAUCAAGGAAGUUGGCCCAGAUGGGCAAGAGGUGACUAAGGUAGUCCCAGCUGUGUCUGAAGAAGUGAAGGACUCUCUUGUGAAAAAUAUUAGAAGACGGAUGACCCCCCAGCCCUUGAAAAUUAGGGCUGAUAUUGAAAUGAAAUGUUUCCAAUUUGAUGGUGUUCUUCACAUUAAGGAGGCAAUGCGUAGAGCUGAAGCUGCUGGAAACGAUGACUGCCCUGUCAAAAUUAAACUGGUUGCUCCCCCACUUUAUGUUCUUACUACUCAGACACUUGACAAGGAGCAAGGAAUAUUGGUUCUCAACAAUGCCAUUACUUCUUGCACUGAAGCAAUAGAACAACACAAGGGUAAACUUGUGGUUAAGGAGGCACCUAGAGCAGUGAGUGAACGUGAUGAUAAAUUGCUUGCUGAGCACAUGGCUAAGCUGCGCCAAGAUAAUGAGGAGGUCAGUGGAGAUGAAGACAGUGAGGAGGAAGAAGAUACAGGAAUGGGCGAGGUUGAUGUGGAUAAUGGUUCUGCGAUAACAGAGUGAAAAAUAACUUGUGGGUAUAGUAAGGCAUAGAUAGCAUAGUACGGCUUUACUAAUUUUAUGUUUUUCAUUAUUCUUUAGAAACUGUUUUUAUGUGCGAUUGUAUAAUACAAAUUUGAAUUACUGUUUUUUGAGUCAUGUAACUUUCAAAGCGAUUUUGUAGUUUCUUGAUGAGGGUGUUCAACCCAAACUGAGGAGUUUACCAAAAAUAGCUGUUUUAGUCUGAGAAACAAGAUAUUUUAAUCUAGGCCACAACUAUAUUUGAACAAA